UUACGUCCCACUGUAAACAAGAAGAAGAAUUUUGCGGAAACGCUACAACACAACAACAAAAUCAGUUUCUUUUUUCUAAAAACAAAAAAUAUAUAUUUAUAAAUUAUUUUUUUUACUGCGUUAUACAAAGUUAUUGACCUUUUUCUGGCAUGUCGGUACACUUUGACGAGAAGAGCGGGCUCGUGCCCUGUCAAACAAGCUGGGGGUCUUGGAGCCAAACGAUGGAGGAGGUAUUCAUCGAAGUCAAUGUGCCACCCGGGACAUCGGCGAAAGAAGUCAAAUGUCAUUUGGGAUCCAGGGAGGUUGAGCUGAACGUCAAAGGGACAGAAAUAAUCAAGGGCAAGUUGUUUGGCACAACAGUAUCUGAUGAGGCGACAUGGACACUUGAGGACAAAUGUCUCAUUCGUAUUGUGCUGAUGAAGACAAACAGAGAGGCAGGCAACUGUUGGUCUUCUCUGUUAGAAGGAGAAUAUCGCGCCAAUGCUUGGGUCCAGGACCAGAUGCAGAGAAAGCUCACACUAGAGAGGUUUCAACGCGAGAAUCCAGGAUUUGACUUCAGUGGUGCUGAGAUUUCUGGAAACUUUGCUGGCGGAGGUCCGGACUUUUCCAAUUUACAAAAGUGACCCUCACCUCAAAACCAUAAGCGGAGAAAAGGGGGCUGGGGGGGUGGGGGCACUGCCGAAAAAUGUAAUUGCAUAUAGUUGACUUUGCUAUAAAUGAAUUCAACAGGGAUAUUCAGAAUUUUUGACAUUAGGCUUAACCUUGGUUUAGAUUGCAUAGGUUAUCGGUGAUUCUCAUGCAUGCAUUUUUUUUUUUUUUUUUUUUAAUUAGCAUGCUAAGUUGGCACCAUUGACUCGUGUUAGCGUAGCCACUCCGGAGCCCAAAAACAAACCAAUAUUUGACAAACUGCACGGAAUUUGCGGAAAUCAACUUAACCGACCAAUUAAACCCCCGCUAACUUGGAGAUUAAGCCCUAUGUAAAAAAUUCUGAACUUCCCCUUUAAAAUACCUAGCUGUUAAAAUCUUAUCGACAAAAAUGAAAUGAACAAUCCUACAAAGUAUUUCAUAAUGGGUCAAUUUUGCUUGGCCAAAACUACACCUGAGGAGGCAAGAUGGAUUCAGAAUUUAACCUUAGCUUUCAAACGCUUCCAACAAGAACGGAGCUUGAACACGAAGUGUCAAGAUGUGUAUAUAUGUUAAUUUUAUUGCUGACACUGCGUUUCGGGGUAGUCAACAUGCCCCCCCCUCCAAAAAGUCAAACUCCGCUUAUGCGCAACACCCAUAAUGGAUAUGGCACUUUGUCCUAAUGAACACUAAUGCUGAUAUCACAGUGAACAUAUGUGAUUAUGAACAAUUUGGGGCAAAUAGAACACAUUUCACAUUGGUGUUGAUUUUGAGAUGACAAGGACACACUCAUAGUUGACUUUUUAAUAAAGUUUAAUUGAAAGGUACAGGGCCAUUUGAAGAUUAAGUAUUCAGUCCUUUUGAUUGUAUGAACUAAAAUGACACUUAUCAUACUUCACAAACAAACAGCAAAGGAACUGCAAUGCAAAUUCCAAAUCACAUUUUCAGACCAAAAGGUACCAUUGUCUUCCCAACUAAAAAGCAGGUUGAACAUGUGGAACUUCACACUGUCAAUAAAUCUAUCCAAUGGCGAAAACAACUCAUCCGUAUUCACCAAUGACCGCUGUGUUGAUACCUUCAACUCGCUUUAUUAACAAACAAACAAAAAAAAAAAAAUCACCUUGGGUAGGAGUGUGCAUUCAAGACAGUUUAGCAACCUAGGGUGGAAGUUAAGGAUUUUGGGCCCGAUUUCUUGGUUCCAUAUUUUUGUUUCUCAAAAUCCUUCUCCCUCCUCUUCCACAUGGUGGACUGAGGACCUAGGUGGUUCAAUACUUAAGCUUAAAACUAGAACCCGUUCCAGGAAAUACCAAACACCGUGGUACGGAUUCAAAUGAGAACAUACUUGUGCACUCGCACACCCUCGGAGGUACAACAGAGUAGAGAACUGUUUUCUGUUACUGUGAGAAGAGUAUUUCAACUUAAAGAACACCAUCUCACAGAUGAGGAUCUUUAAGUUAAAAAAAAAAAAAAGUAAGCCAAGUCACCCGACAAGUUAAUCCAAUCACCAAACAAAUGUUAAGUGUCAGGCAACAACAUGGCAGCUAAGAGUUUAACAAGCCGACUCUGGUAUGGUGGGAAGGUGAGUGAUCUUAUAGUAGCUGUGUUUCAGCUGACGGGCGGUUCUUCCUGAAAUACUCCAACGAAGUCUCUGGCUGUUGGGCCUGGAGCACUUGGCGGUGGCGUAUUCUGCCAGGCAUUUUCCCACCAACUCCUGAACGCACACCAGUUCACUAUCACGGAUCUGCAGACAAACACAGCCGUGAUUUAAACUUAAUCCAAAUGUGGCAUUGUCUUCACAGUACUUACAGUUAGUAGCUUCUGCAGACUUUUCAGCGCCUCCGAGAGUUGGUUCCUGUCCUGUGGGUUAUGUUGGUCCUCCACCUCAAGACACAGGAGAGCGAUGGCAAGCAGAGAUGGCUGGAGACAGAAUAUUUCAAAAUGGAAUAUAGUCAACCAGUUUCUGCAAUAUAUUCUAGAAAAAAAAAAAAAACAGUUUUACCAAUCUUAACUCUCCUCAAUAUAUUUAAUUUAAACAUUCAUAUUAAAAGGGACGGGCUACAGCUAAUAUGAAGGACCUUCGAGUGAAUGAUGGUUGCUGGAAGUAUUUAACUGAAAAUCUGAACUUUCUUAAACCUCUAAUGGAGAAAAUGUUUAAACAAAAAAACAAAAACAAAAAAAAAAAAAAAAGACAA